GGCGAAUUUUAUUUCCUGCAGAGAAACUUAAAAAAAAAAAAAACUACACAACUAGUACUAUAUUGAUUCGUAUUCAAAAACCUAAAUUCAAAUUUAAUUAGGGUUUUGCAGAUCGAGGAAUUCGGAUUCCGGAAUCGAUUUUCCCUCGCCGUUUCGUGAUGGCGAAGAUGAGACCAUCUGUUUCGUUGGAUACUUGGAGAGAGUAUUUCCGGCGAGGAGAUUCUGAUAUUUUUGGUAUCAUUGAUCAUGCGAUUAUGGUAGCUGCUGCAGAUUGGCCAAAGGAGUUUAAAUCCAGGAGUGAUAGAAUUGCUGAGCUUCUCUUCUCUUGUAAAGUGAGUCGCUGCAUUGGUUGUGACCACCUUGAGCUCUCGAUAGCUGGAGACGAAGCGGCGGUGGAGAUAGUUGGAGUUGGCGGCGGCGGUGAUAGGGGUGAUUCUGGUGUUGCGACGGGUGAAGGUGAAGAGGCGUCUGUGAGUGUUGAUGAGGUUAUGAGGAUCAGAGAUAUCUUGUCGAACAAAGACGAUGAGAAAGAUUCUGUGUUACUCGAAUCUCUGAGAAAGCUUGAGUCAAUGUCUAUGAGUGUGGACAUUCUUAAGGAUACUGAAAUUGGAAAGGCUGUUAAUGGUCUGAGGAGACAUAGUUCCGAUAAGAUUAGCAAACUUGCAAAGACUCUUUUCGCAGAGUGGAAGAGGCUGGUGGACCAGUGGAUGAACACCCCAGAGGAAAUGGCUGGCACUGAAGGGACGCCAGAGUCUCUAAACCUUUCAGUAAUUGAUGAAGAAGAAGCCUUUCCUUCUCCUCCACAUGAUUUAGAUAUCUAUGCACCUGAACCUAAUGGGUUUGAACUUUCUCAGAUCUUAGAUUGUUUGGACUGCGAUGGAAAUCCUCGUCACAGUGUGGAGUCCAAACAUGAAAGAAAAUCGCAAAGUAGUGCGGGGAGGAGACCCAAGGGAACAAAUGAUGCAAAUGUGGUUGGGAGGUACUGCAAUGAUCAACAGACGAGGAGAGAAGAAGCUGAUGUUAGACCUAUGAAGCACUCAGCCACAGAUGUUGUCGAGCCUAAAAGACAAACAAAGCAAAGUAGAGAACAAAUGGUAUCCGCAAUCCAACGAAAACCAACUGCUGUUACUGAGCAAAAGCGGAAACUUGCUGGACCUCAACAAGAUAAACUCAAAGCUCUGGAUCCAGACUCAAAGUUUGAGUUUGCAAAGCGGAAACUCCAAGAGAGCUACCACCAACAUGAGAAUGCUAAGAGACAGAGGACGAUACAAGUACUGGAAACUAUCCCAAAGCAAAAUAAAGUUCAGAAACCGCAACUCAAGAGACCCGCCACACGAAGAUAUAUUUAUUGGUACUUCUGGUCCAGUGAAUUCCCGGGUUACGAGUUACCUUCCCUCAUCCUCAAUCUCGCGAAUCCUCGUGAUAGUUCCUCCCAAUUCUCAAGACAUGAUGAGUUGAUGAUUGAUAUUCCUGUAUAUUUUGGACUCGUACUUGUGCAGAUAGAUAAAGCAGAGAUGGUGGAUGAGAUGAUGAUUUUCAAGAAGAUGAGUGUCCUUCUAACUGAAAAGGAUUUUGUUGAUGCCAUCGUAUCUGUUUCUCUCAAGGACCUUACGAGAUCACUCUUUGUCAGGUUCGAGGCCAAGGCUUGCCCUAAGUUUGACCUUAUCCAUAAGACUUCCGUCGAGACGGUUAGGUGCGUAGGGAAAACCUUUAUGCAUAUGCUCUCUAAGGUUUCUAGAGAGUUUCCUCCCCGCAAUCGAACUCAUCCCGGUGGCCUCCUCUAUCAGCGAUUUGAUCCUACUCACUUGUCUCUUGCUCGCCAACAAGUUGCUAUAUGCAAGGAAACUGAUUCACAGUAUCCGCAUGAGAUUGUGAUUCACUGGACAAGUGCAAGCGCCUGAAAGUGGAUGCUCUUGGUUACAUGUUUACUAUUGCAAUGAGAUGCGCCCCUAGUUUGGCUUAUCUCGAAAAGUUCAGGCAGUACAUGGCUCAGGCGAAUGAGAAGAAUCUGGAAGAUGAGACUGCUGCUACUCUGACGAACAAGAAGCAUGUCGCCCUCUUGGCUGAGGAAGACUGCACAGUCCUUUGCACCCCUCGCUUUGAGUUUCAAAAUGUUGCCGACUUUGUUCUUCCAGAAACUUUGCGUUGGCUUGACGAGUUGGAGCUUCAAGCCAGCUUCAAGCUCCAAGCUAAUCAACUGGACUCUGCAAA